GCGUAUGGGACAUCAGCUUAUGCAAGCUGCGCCCUUCCGAGUGGGCCAUACCGGUGAUGCCGUGAAAAAGCCCAGAAGAGAUAGAGUUUCCGCUCUUGUAGUUUGUUGUUCUCUCGGAGUUUUAGACAACAUGCCAGGCUCUUGUUCAUGUCAGGUUUUUCUUGCGCUUGAUACUCUGACUUGGAUGUUGACGCCUCAGCGACCUCUUAGCAGACGGCAUAAGUACGCGUGCGCACCUAAAUGUCCAUCAGUGUGUAUGUGUGUGUAUGAGUAAACCUUUGUUCGGUGGUGGAGACGUGAGCUAUUCUUGCCAUCGUGAUGAAGUAUCUCGGGAUGGGCGUUCAGAGGUCAUUACGGCACAUCGAUGUCCUAUACUCGUGCUACUCCCUUUGAGAGGGUCAAACUGGACCGACGACUGCAUCACAUAUCGGGAGAUAUAAAGUUUGCUAUUAUGGCUAAUUAGGGGAAAGUAGCGCAGCAAGCUGCCAAUCUAGCCGCAGGAACGGCGAAGCGCGAGGAAAAUAGCCCUUGAGAAGAGAGCUCUACAGAUGCCCUUUCGCCGGGGAAAUGAACAAACUCUGUGCGGCAAAUGGCACUCAGUUUAAGGCUCAGGAAUCUUAUCGACCGCAACGGGGAAAGUACCUCCCUUUUUCUAAGAACCAUCAGUCCUGAGAAUAUUUGUAAUCCUCAAGACCGAACGUAUCCAGAGCGCUUGGGGUGUCGAAAAGCAGCUAGCUCAGAGCGCACAGGCUCCAGGAAAUAAAGACGCUCCUCGUUAUAGUUAUGGUUGGGACUGGGGGGUAUUGUGCGCUGAGAGAUGAUUUGCGCUCUAACUAUCCUGGCCAAUUCAACCAAUCCUGAAGGACAGCAGUUCCGGGAUUGUGCAAAUACGAGAGGGGUACGUCGUCUCCUGUGUGGGUUUCUAUAAAAGACGGCUCGGUGUGAGACAGGUAGGACGUACCCGAGGCAUUGCCUGAAUGACAGUGUAGUGAUAAAAAUUACCUGUUGCUCAAAACAGCUCAUUUUGUCCCUUUCCUCUUUCUUGCCCUUGACCACGACCUUCUCGAUCAAACCAAGACACCAUGACCACCGAUGAAAACAAAGCACGUUAUUUCUACGUUAAGAAUAAUAGUAACAAGAAGAAGCCAUCUUCCAAGAAAACCGAGAACAAUGUCGAUCCUGCGAAAAAGAAAGCGGCCUCCAAGCGUGAUGGCAAGUCCGAUACCUCGCAGGAUCUUAAUGCAUAUUCGCACUUUUCGCCUCUCUUUGGAGAGAGUCAUAAUGACGCGUCUGUGGAGUACCCAUGCAAAACUAUUGAGGAAGCAAUUUUGGCGAAGCCAGGACUUACUCCUGUGGAGUGGUGCUGGAAGCUCGUGGUUGCUGAAGACGAGAAAUUCGAAAAAAAUAACCCGGGCCUUUUGAGAAACCGCGUCUUUAGCAAGACUCAAUGUGUCAAUCCUGGCGCAGAGCACGUUAAAUUCUAUAAUUCAAAGAUUGUCCAGCUCUCUGAUGUGCUCGAGCACAAGUGUGAUUCAUUGUGUUAUAGCAAGCAGAGGCACCAUCUCAUCUUCCAUUAUUCCCACCAUCGCGGCUCCGAUGGCAAUCCGGGAACCUCUACUCACCCUGCUGCUGGCCCAAGAGAUCAAUCGCUUGAGCAAAGUGAUGGUUAUACGCACUUUUUGCUUGAUGUGGAGGAGGCUAUGGAUGGUAUGGUUAUGACUACCUGAAAGCAUGUGCAGCAUUUUUGCGGCCAUAAUGUGUGAGUUUAUUAAUGAAUGCGGUUCUCAGUCCUUUUUGUCUUGGUCUCGCCCACUCAUGGCAACGACGACAUCGCUUUGGCGUGUGCCUACUCUGAGCCGAAAGAAUAUUCCUGCUUCAGGACCAUCGCCUGCGCGAAGGCAGCCUGGCCUGAUCAUACGGUAUUGCUGCUCGUUCCUCGAGCUUGUACGUUCGCAAAUUAAAUCUUGCUUCUCAUAGAAUUGCCACAGAUUCUUUGUUUCUGGAUGCGAAUUAUAUGCUUACAUUAUGGUUAUGGUUAUGGCUACAGCUACCCAGAAAGAGAUUAGAGCUGCCAAGACGAAUGUGGCUGAUACGAAGCCACACGAUGUGCGUCACCUGUUAGCGGUUUGUAGCAGAGUUUUCAUCUUUCAUAACUAACGAGAGGUGCUGUUAUGCCCUUAAUUUUAUUCUGCAAACAAAUGGCUCUGAUGUCAAACUUUUAUUCUAUGAAAUCAGGAAUCCGAUCCCGUCAACACUCUUGGGUCUCGGGUCCAGGACAUUAGCUUGAAUAAGUCCCAGAGGCGCUGAGAUCGUAUUUUUGACAAGCCCUGCCUGGGAUCCUUAAACGCUCUUGGGUCUCAGCUCGAAGACAUGGACUUAAAAAAGUCCCACAGGCGCUGAGAUUGUAUCUUGUAACCAUAAUGUCACCCCCGACGCUGCGUCGGAACUUCGCUCA